GCCGGCAACCUGAACUGCAGCCGGCCUGUGGGAUGCAUCAACCCUGUGGGGUGCAGCCGCCGGCGCCGCUUCUUCCGGGCCAAGAGCGUCUCAGACCGAAAGCUGCAGAGGAGACGCGCGCGCUGCAGCAGCGCGGGGUGACGGGGCGCCUGUGAGCAUUGGCAGAGAGGCCCCUCAGAAGCAGCAGCACCCGCCUGCGGGCACCCCCUGGAUGACGGCUCCGGGGGCCGCUGCCUGUGUCGCUUUGCAAUCCCUGACAACGUCGGCGGUGGAGCUGGAGAUCUGCAACUGCUUUUUCUCGCCUCCCUGACCCUGCAACCCAUCUGGGGAAUAAAGCAAGGCUUGCACAGGCAUCGGGGCGCCUUAUGGUCCUUGCAACCAUGCAAGCAGCAGAGACAGUGCCCGUGGCCCAGGAGCCCCUCGACCCAGGUGGCCGCAGGAGCCUGGAGUGGCUGAUGGCCCUGGUGGCAGUGCUGAGUGUGCCCCUGUUACUUCACUGCAUCGUCAGUCUCUGGCUGCUGGGCCUGCUGUGCGUGGUCAUGGCGGGCCUGGGGGCCUGGGUGUGCAGUGUCAUGGGGACUCUCGUAGGCCACCUGCACCUGGAACGCUUUUGUGCCAUAGCCCCCCAUCCCCACACCCCCCAGGCUGAGCAGCAGCUGGAGCAGGAGAUAGACCUCACCAUCCAGUUCAUCAUCCGUGACUUCGUGUCUUCGUGGUACAGCUCUGUCAGCCAGGAGCACGCCUUUGAGAAGGAGGUGGAGGUUGCCAUGAAGAGCUUGGUUCACGAACUUAAGCAGCGGAUGGCCCAGGCAGACUUGCACAAACUGUUGCAAAAGGUGCUGACGCUCUGUGGCUGUCACCUGCAGAGCUAUAAGCAUGCCAAGGCCGUGGCAGUGAACCACAGUGGAGAGGUGGAGCCUUCUCAGCUCUGGGAGGCUUACUGCCAGCUGUCAGCCCCGCAUCCUGCCGUUCAGAAGCCUGGUGGCGACUUGGCCUAUGCCCGCAGCAUAGUGGACCUCCUGCUCGGACUCGUGCCCAGACCCCAUUUGGAAUCUCCCACUGGCCGCCACGUGGUGGUGGAACUCAUUACUUGCAAUGCCAUCUUACCCCUGAUAAACAAGCUGGCCGAUCCAGACUGGAUCUACCUUCUCCUGGUGGGCAUCUUCUCCAAGAAAAAGACCAUUCUAGCAGGAGGCACCAAGCCUCCAGAGAAUCCAUCGGUGCCCACCUCUCUGCAGCUGCCGGCUGAGCUGCAGAACUCAUCAGAAGGCAGCGCCCCAUCCCCAGCCCCUACACGGCUGAACUGGAGCGGGCUCCAGGACCCCUCUGAUAUCUCUUCAAUGGUGGAUGAAGGCAGUGACGCCAUAGACGGACUGUCAGGGAUAGUCAGGGACAGUCAGGAAGAAAGGCGAGCAGGAAGCUGCCUGUAUCGCUUUCUGGAGCGGGAUAUCCGGGGUCCUCUGUUCUUAUGUGAGGAUGCAGAGCUGGAGUCUUCAUUGUCUGACCUGAGGAAAGAGACCCUUAUGCUCAUGGGCCCCAGCAGCUUUCUUUCCGACAGGAUUCGGGAUGCUCUAUGUAGCCUGGAAAGUUCCCAGACUCCUGAGUCUCAGGACAGUGACGGGUCCAAAGGAGUUGAUGGAGGCGAAACCGAGGAGGAUCUGGGAAUUGACACAGACACAAACUCAGUUCUGCUUCUGUCCACGAUGAAUUCCUGCCCAGAGGUCCAGGUUGACAUGGCGGACAAGGUGGAUGAACAGAAUGAAGGUCCCUUGCCUUCAAUAGUGCUGAUGAGUCCAGAAAUGCCCUGCCCCAUUGGGCCUCCGUCCUUUGAGAAGGCUCCCCCACAUGACAUCGACUCCUUGGACUCUGGUCUGCCCCAGAUUCUGCUUCCUGCUUCACCAACAACAGGGCCUCUUGGCCAAGCCACCUUCAGCUUUGAGCCCCUGAGCAGCCCCGAUGGCCCUGUUGUUAUCCAGAACCUUCGGAUCACAGGCACCAUUACCGCUCGCGAGCACAGUGGCUCUGGAUUCCAUCCAUACACCCUCUACACAGUGAAGUACGAGACGACCCUGGAUGGGGAAAGCAGUAGCGGCCUGCAGCAGCUGGCCUACCACACAGUGAAUCGUCGCUACCGAGAGUUCCUGAACCUUCAGACCCGCCUGGAGGAGAGAUCUGAGCUCCGCAAGUUCCUCAAAAAUGUGAAGGGUCCCAAGAAGCUCUUCCCAGAUCUGCCAUUUGGGAACAUGGAUAGUGACAAAAUUGAAGCCCGGAAAAGCCUUCUGGAAUCGUUCCUAAAGCAACUCUGUGCCAUUCCUGAACUCACCAAUAGUGAGGAAGUGCAGGAGUUCCUUGCUCUGAACACAGAUGCCCGUAUUGCCUUUGUCAAGAAGCCCAGACUAGAUAAGAUGGUGGUGAAUGCUAUCGUGGAUACCUUAAAGACUGCAUUCCCUCGCUCUGAGCCCCAGAGUCCCACUGAGGAGCUGAGCGAGGCUGAGACAGAUGGCAAGCCCCAAACUGAAGGCAAGAAGGCUGGCAAGUCUAAACUGAAGUUCUCCUUGAAAGCACUGAACCUGUCAGGAGCUCAUGAGAGGAUCCUCUACAGUCUCCAAGAAGAUGGUGCGGAGUCCCAGAUUGUGUCCAUGUCGGGUAUGGUGUCCUUCCUUAAGAAGCAAACGAAGCUUCUGGAAGUGCAGACAGCAGAUGCCUGUGCCCGAGAUCCCGAGCACAUUCUCAGAGAAGGUCCUGAGCAUGACCUCAGCUCCAGAGAACCAGGAACAGACACGGCUUUGGCGGACACAGCCUUGGACCUGCUACACCUACUACUGAUGGACCAGUGGCAGUGGCUGUGCACGGAGCAAGUGUUCAAGUCCCUUCACUUCGUCUUUGGGACCCUCAUCCAAAGGUGGCUGGAAGUGCAGGCUGCUGACCUCACCUGCACCCAGCACUGGCUGCAGAACCUCCGGCUCCUUCGAGAGUCCAUCUGGCCUGGGGGCACCUUGCCCAAGGGCCCUCGUCCGGUGCGGACCCCGGAGCAGAAGGCAACCACCGAGAAGCAGGCAUUGUGCAGCCUGAUGGGAAUUGUACCAGACUUGGUUCUCUGGCUGCUCCACCAGGACAAGUGGGAGCAGAGCUGGAGCCUCGUGCUCAAGUCACUGAAGCAGCCCCUGAUCAACAGGCAUUUGGUUUUCUGCCUUUGGGACAUUGUACUGGAAAGCUUGGAUCUCCCGGUCUCAAGGUCUGCUGUCAACACCUCAGAUACCUUCAAGAAGAGUGUCACCCCCUAGUUGGCAUGAGUGGGCUUCUGGCGCUGUUAACAGGCUGGAUAUGCUAAUAUGCUGAUAUGCUGGAUUUUGGUACAGUUCCACGGGUCCCACUGGAGCUAGAGACAGGCUGCCUAUAUCUAUCAUGUGCAUCUCUGUUUCUAGAACAUUCUUGUGUUCAGUCACAAGGGAAGGGGAGAGGAUGCUGUGAGGUAGAGGUGUGAGACCCUCUGGCUUCACCCUUAUAUCAGGCUUCCUGGGAGCAGGAGUCCCGUGAGCGCCCUUCUUGCCCCUAUCGGGUCCUCUGUGUUCCUCUGUCCCAUGCCACAUAUACAGCCCACAGAUGGCCCUGCAGGCUGCUCUGGGAUGUCUGCUUCAGAUCAGUGGGU